UGUGUGGUGAACCACCUUCUCACCAGAUGGCGAUGAACUCUACUCGCCAGGUGGCAGUGCAAAACAUUUCCCUGAACCUUUUUAUAAGAUGGCAACAUCUCUUGUGUUCAAACUUUAGUUUCCAGAAUCUGGCAGCAGCUCAAUAUAAACAUUCAUUCGGGCUUGCUGACCGGUGAACACGCACCUCUUUUAAAAAUGCUGCUGUCGUUAAUCAUGUCUGUCUUUUACAUUGUAACUUAAUAUGAUUUCUUCUUUUUUUAAUUAUUAUUAAACUUUUGUGAUUAUUAAUUUUAUUGAAUCAAUUUAUUUAAUAUUAUUUAAUCUAAUCACCACAGAUUGGUGACCUACUAAAUGAAAUUUAAAAGCAACCUUCAAUAUCUUUCUUCAUCGGAGAUUCUUUCAAAAUGAUUACUUUAAAAUGAUUACUAUUCAAAAUUUCUACUCAAGAUUAAUAAAAUCAUCUAUUUCUUUUAACGAAAUAAAAAAAUUUUUAAUCAAAAAUCGCGCAUUACUAAUGGAUAUACCACGUGCAACAGGUGCUGAGCUGAUUGGGUAUGUAGUUUAUUUUAUGUUUCCCAUUUGUUCUAUAUUUGUUUUUCUCUUGCACUCAAAUUACGCGAAUCUUUAUUAUUUCCUUAAUGUAAUUACGUUAUUGUGUAUAUAUAUAUAUUUUGAAAUGUUCUAACGUAAGCACGUGUGCGUAAACAAAUCUUCGAAAAUAAUUUUUCUUACUUUAGUGUUUUAUUCUUGAUUAUAUUAUAUUUGCCUUAUUAUGGCUACGACUCCUCCUACAACCACCGCAGAAGAGCAAAUUUCGCAUGUUAGUGUUAAACCACCUCCAUUUUGGAAACCCAAUCCUACUCUUUGGUUUAUCAGAUUAGAAGCGCUGUUUAAUCUUGCAAAAAUAACUGUUGAAGAAACUAAAUUUAAUCACGUGGUAGCGGCACUAGACGCCGAUGUGUUAACUUCCGUUAGUGAUAUUCUACUUAGUCCACCCCAGGAUUAUCCUUACGCGGCUUUAAAAAAGCGCUUAAUUGAUUCUCACUCUGAAAGUGAAUCAUCUCGCAUCCGCACACUAUUGCAAGGGCUUGAACUCGGGGACCAACGUCCUUCGCAGUUACUCGCGCGCAUGCGCUCAUUAUCUGGAUCAUCUGUUGGUGAACUAUUACUUAAAUCGCUCUGGUUGGGCAGGCUGCCCCACAACACUCAAUCAAUUCUCGCGGCUCUGAACCAAGAACUUAGCCAGUUGGCUACUGUUGCCGACAAGAUUCACGAAACGUGCAACCCGCAUUCCAUUAACGCAGCAAGCGUCGUUAAGCCCAAAACUACAUGCGAUAUGGAGGCACAGAUAGCACAGCUAUCUAGGCAGCUUAGUGAAUUAACAGCGUUGGUUCAUCGGCAGAAUGAUCCCCAAAACCAGCGUAACAAACAUGUUAGAAAGCGGAGCAAUUCCCAAAGAUUCAAACAAUUUAAAGAACCAAUAAAUGGACAGUGUUUUUAUCACACCAAUUUCGGUAUUAAAGCAAAAAAAUGCACCCCACCUUGUUCUUUCCCCCACACAUUGGAAAACUAG